ACACACAGGCGAAGAGACCGACGACGACGACGAUGGGCGACCGCGGCAACGUGUACUACGCGCCCACGGGCGAGACGACCGAGUGGGAGGACAUCCUGAUCAAGAAGGGCAUCCUCGCGCCCAAGACCAAGGUGCCCGACGAGGAGGACCACGAGGAGGAAGAGCAGGUGGACCCGCGCGAGAACGCCACGCUGGACGAGCUGGACGAGCUCGAGGACGACUACGACGACGACGCUGAGCUGGCGCGCAUCCGCGAGCGCCGCAUCCAGCAGAUGAUGGCGCAGGCCGCGCGCAACAAGUUCGGCGACGUGCAGCCCAUCGCCAAGGACGAGUGGACCAAGGAGGUGACGGAGGGCAGCAACGACCACUGGGUCAUCGCCUACCUCUGGGACGAGGCCCUCGAGGAGUGCAAGGUCAUGGACCACGUGUUGCGCGAGGUAGCCAAGAAGCACCGCGACGUCAAGUUCGUGAGCAUCCAGGCGCAGGCCUGCAUCGAGAACUGGCCGGCCCGGAAUUGCCCCACGCUCUUCAUGUACCACAAGGGCUCGCUGCAGAACCAGCUCCUGGGCAUCCGCAAGCUCAACGGCAUCGAUAUGAAGGUCGAAGACCUGGAGGAGUACUUGGCCAAGGCCAACGUCUUCAAGGCGGACGACUGAUUUCGCUGGUACU